AUGGCGCGCAUGAAACAGGGUGUCUUCUCCUGGGAGGAUGUGCUUGCCCAGCGAUAUCAGAGCAAUAAGCCACUUUCCCUCCCACGUUCACGUCGACGAACCCUCACAAUCCCCCAACCCCAAUUACAAUGUCACUUAUUAUCGCGCCUUUCUCCAGAGCUCCGUCUCAUGAUCUGGGAAAUGGUACUAGGCGAUCGAAGAUUCCAUAUUAUCCAGCGUAGUAAUCAACGACUCGGUCAUAUCGUGUGUCCCCACAGCGGGACAUCCACACCAUCAGAUAAAGAUAGAGCUUCGCGUCGAGCAAGAGAUCCUUUCUGUGAGAUAUGUGAUGGAGGUGGGAUUCCUCAGCCGGUAAAGGAAGGUGAUCUUAAUACACGUGCGAAGGAGACGCUACUGAAUCUUGCGUUGACAAGUCGACAAAUAUACUCCGAAUCCAUUCACCUUCUUUAUACACUCAAUACCUUCGAAUUCAGCAAUCCCUGGUCCCUCCCAUACCUCCGUCCUACAAUCUCGUCUGAAUACUGGGACUGUAUACGAAAUGUCGAGCUCCGCUGGUCCUUCCACGGACACUGGCUCCCAAGUAAAGACCCCGUACGCGCGGUCUAUGUCUCCGCCGGAAAGGCGCAAUGGCAUGAAACAUGUCGUGCUCUAUCGAAACUACCCACACUCCAGUCCUUUGUGCUUGUACUCGGAAGUACAUGGUACAGCGAGUCGGUAGAGAGGUUACCUAUUUUCCUCGAGCCCUUACGCGGGCUCCGCGUUCAGCGCUCACGAUUCAGGACUCAUCAUAGAGAGGUGUUUGAUGAGUAUGAAGUGUCUUCUGAGUCUGGGUCUGGGGCUGGAUUAAGUUCUGAUGAAGAGUCUACAUCUUCUUUCAGAUCUAGUUCUAGUUCUCUUAGCAGGGAAACUGGGUUACGCUCAUGCUGUUACUCUUAUUCCGUCGGCCGGCUGCCUAUGGUCAAAAGUGAUGCGGAUUCCGCGACGUGGGAAUUGCGCUUGCAGGGCCAGCCGUAUUAUGGACAUGAGCUGGGUCGAUUGGGGGAGGAUCUUCGAAGGAAGGGGAUUGACUGUGUUAUCUCCAUGACGUGA